UGGACAAAUUCAGUUAGCUUUGUUAAGAAGCUCCACAUCAAAGUUAACCUGACACAGAAAUGCAAGUGCAAAUAAAUGCUUAGGAGUUGAGCACACUUGGCCAUUUCCUGGAGGAGCCCUUCCCCAAGCGUGAGCAGCCGAUUGGGAACUGUUCCUGCUGAUGCCUGUCACCUGGGAGGUGCCCAAGAGGUCACCUCUGCCCAAGUCUGCCCAACCGAAGAUGGCUCGUGCCCACCCUGGGAUGGAGCCCAGCACCUGAGGUCCUUACCAUGGUGAUGAUCCUAAGUAAAAGCCUCGACAACCAGGGAGCUGACUCCAGAGCAUGCAGGACCUUCAACCCUGAGCUGCACACGCCAAAGAAGAUGAGUCAAGGACCGACACUUUUCUCUUGUGGAAUUAUGGAAAAUGACAGAUGGAGAGACCUGGACAGGAAAUGCCCUCUUCAGAUUGAGCAGCCGAACGCCGGCAUCUGGGAGUGCCUGCCCGAGAAGUGUCAGGACGGCGCCCUGUGGCACCGGGAGGCCGCGACCGCCUGCGCCGUGACCAACCUGAUCAAAGACCUCAGCCUCAGCGACCACAACGGGAACCCCUCAGCGCCCCCCAGCAAGCGCCAGUGCCGGUCACUGUCCUUCUCCGAUGAAAUGUCCAGCUGCCGGACAUCGUGGAGGCCCUUGGGCUCCAAAGUCUGGACUCCCGUAGAAAAGCGACGCUGUUACAGCGGAGGCAGCGUCCAGCGCUAUUCCAACGGCUUCAGCACCAUGCAGAGGAGCUCCAGUUUCAGCCUCCCUUCCCGGGCCAACGCGCUCUCCUCGCCCUAUGACCAGGCGGGAUUCCACCACCGACUCGGAGGUCAGCCCUGCCAGGGGGCGCCAGGCUCGGCCACCUGUGGACAGGCGGGUGACAUCUGGAGCCCCGACCCGAACCCUGUGGGCGGGGGCCGGCUUGACAUGCAGCGGUCCCUGUCCUGCUCCCACGAGCAGUUUUCCUUUGCGGAGUACUGUCCACCCUCAGCCAACAGCACACCUGCCUCGACGCCAGAGCUGGCCAGACGCUCCAGCGGGCUGUCCCGAAGCCGCUCCCAGCCGUGUGUCCUUAACGACAAGAAGGUCGGCGUUAAGCGGCGGCGCCCAGAAGAGGUGCAGGAGCAGAGACCUUCCCUAGACCUUGCUAAGAUGGCACAGAACUGUCAGACCUUCAGCAGCCUCAGCUGCCUGAGCGCGGGGAUGGAGGACUGCAGCCCGCACAGCCCCUUCGCCCUCCACGUCAGCAGCACCAGGUCCUGGACCGCCUUGCUCUCGGCCUCGGCCUCCAGCCUGGGGGGCAGGACCCCCGCCGGGACCCCGGUCCCCGAGCCUCUGCCCCCGGCCUUCGACGACCAGCUGGCCUGCAAGGAGGAGCAGUGCUGUGAGGAGUCGGGCGGCUGCGCCCUGGCCGAGGGCUGUGCCAGGAGUUGGGGGCCGGCCUCAGCCUGGCGGGACCGCGGGGCAGCCGGCAACAGCCCCUGCUCCCUGGACGGCGAGUUGGACAUCGAACAGAUAGAGAACAACUGAGGGGCGGUGGGGAGCCCCUGUCCUGGGCCUGACUUGCGCUCCCUGGGGGUGGUGGGUGCCGGCGAGCGAGCGCAGUGGCCCCCGGAGAGGCUGGCCCGCCUGCCCGC